UUUCUGUUCCAAGAAAUGAGCCAAACUAAUGGAGAAAAACUCAGGUGUUCCUCAAAUGGGCUGAGGGGAGGGCGGUCUCUGCACUGGGCUCGGUCACACAUUUAUAUUUCUGCUGAUUUACAUCCACUUCAUCAUUCUGAAUCAGACAGUUCAGAGUUGACUGAGGAAGCAAGUAUCAUGUGGUGGGUCCCCGUGAGUGUGUUUCUGCUCUGGAGUUCUGAGGUCUCAGCUCUAGGUGCUCCUGUGUCCGUGAGCUGUAAAAAUGACAACAAUGGUGAUGUCGACUGGUACGUCCUGUACAAGGCUCCUGGAACGGAGCAGCGCACAGGUACAGAGUACAUCUACAUUGACUCUGCUGGACAGAAAACCAACUCUCACAUCAACGACGCAAACGGACCCCUGGCCAACACACUCCGGCCGAUGCUUGGAUCCGUCCGGACAAUGCCAUCUACCUUCGGGUUUCUGAGCUACAGUGACCAGCCUCCGGGAGCCCAGGCCAUGAGCGAAUUGUUUGGGCACAGCAAAGGUGUGGUGAUGGGGGACAGCAGUACUCAGACUGCCCUGUGGAUCACUCACAGCACUCCUCGGUUCCCAUUCAGGAGGGACCAGAACCGCUUUUGGCCUGACAGUGGAAAAGACAAGGGCCAGACCUUCCUGUGUGUGUCUCUGCCCUUCUCUGCGCUCAAGACUGUGGGGGAACAUCUGCAGAGAAUCCACGCAUAUCCAUAUGACUACGACCUUCCUGGAGAUUUCCCAAGUGAGCUGGAAAAAGCUGCCAGAUGGGAAACGUCUGCGACUGGUUUGGGGACAUUAGUGCCCCUACAGACCAUAGGACACAAGGAUCUGGCAAUCAUGGCCAAACCGCUCGGGGAAGAAGCCAAAGAUGGGGACCUGUAUGUGAAGCUGGCUGAUCAACUGAACAGUAACGUAAAGGCUCAGACCUGGGCUUGUCAGCCAAAAAGAGAUGAGAGCUUCUGUGACAGAGGUAAAAAACAGGUUAUCAAUGUGGAGGCGAUCGACACAAAGGAUGAUACGAUGAAGAAAUGGUCCUCCAAAAUUGACCAUUCCAAGUGGGCCGUGACCACUGAGUCCAACAUCAUCUGGACCUGUUUUGGAGACAUGAACCGCGCCUCAACACAAUACGAGCGCUGGGGAGGAGCUGUGUGCAUCAAAGAUAAAAAUGUCAACACUGCAUUCAAACAGUAUCCAUCUGAAACACUUUCAUGUGGCAAACGUCCAUACCCUUGUUAAGUUUGGUAUAUCAGUAGACACCACUGGAGUCUUGUAGAGACAGAGAUUUGUCCAAAAUGUCAAAUUAAAUUACUAUGUUGCAUUGAAAAAAGGAAAAAAAAAAAGUCAAUAAUAAAAUUUCAAACACAACAA